AUCCAGUAAAAAACAUUACCCCAAAACGAUAACUCGAACCGAAACCCAUACAGAUAUAUAUAUAUAUAUAGAGACCAACUGGACGUGCAUUAUGACCACUAUAUUGAAUCGCCGACCAAAGUCUUCGCCGGCCCAAGUGGGUUUUAAGCACGCAUUUCCACCGGUGGAUUUCUUUCCCCUGCCGGAGCCGGAGUCGCAUCUCUGUCGUGAUGCCUAUCUCAAGGCGUUGCUGGCCCCCUUCGAGCGUGUAUCCGACGAAGGCAGCGAAGAGCCGGAAGACGAUUGGAUACCAAAAAAGGAUUUGUUCGCUACGAAAAAUUUCGACAUCCAGUUUAUGAUGAUAAGUAAACGCCGAACCACAAAGUUGUCGCCCAUGAAGUAUCGACCAUCGGCCAUUAGUCCAAAUUCGAGAACCUCGGUUUACAACAUAAACGCACUGGUCAGGGCCCGCUACGAAAAGCUUUUGAAAGGAUUUAGCAUUUCGUGCAUCAACUAUCUGCUGGAGAAGAUCAUCAAGAAGAUUAUCAUCAUGCGAACCCUUCCACCCAAGGGAUCCGAUCCGAAGAAAACCAUAUUUGGUUGGUCCAGUCAUGAAUAUUACAAACGAUUUAAAAAACAUGGCGACACGAUUUAUUUGGAUACCUUGGUGUUUGGAAAAACUGAAAAGGAACUGGAGGCUCUCAAAUAUUAUGUCGAUCUGGAAGAGAUUAUACGCCUGAUCAAUUCUUUGAGGAAUGAUUUGAUAGAGAAUAAUGAGUUAUGCCAGGGUUUUAUGGCAUUGAUGCGCGACAUUCAGGUGGAUAUCAUGGAGAUACUGGCUAAGCCCUAUGAGGACAUGAAUAUCGAGCACGAUGAUCUCGCCACGCAACUCUUUAAGUCUAAGCAGGGAAAGUCCGCCGAUCCGCAAUCGAUAUCAAAACGUCGUGCAUUUAAAAAGGAGGAGCAAUACCUCAUGGACUACAAGUCUCCCAUUGAGACACGGUAUCAGGUUAAUUGGUCGCGCGAUAAGUUGGAGCAGCGCUAUUACGAAGAUGCAGGUAAAAUAAAGGUGAUACAAGAUGAGCUGGACAAACUGAAAGAGCUGACUGAUACGGAUAAGACUGUGUGGAGGAGUGCCAACCUUAAGUACACGACACUGAUUGAUGAGUACAAGCAUCGCAUUAAUUUAACGCAGGAGGCCUACGACGAUGACAUGGAGAAUGCCGCAAAUGUCGUUCAGAAUACGCUCAACAAGCUGAACAAGUGCAAGGACGAUCUGAAGAAUGCUCAGGAGAAGGUAGAAAUGUUCCGUGUGAAAGUAGCAGAGACGCGCGCAAAAAUAGCCAAAGAACAGGAGGAAGAGAUGGAGAAACUUCGAAAGCAAGAGGAAAAACUAGCGAGGAAAAGUUCAGUGAAGGGCAAAGGCAAAGGAAAGAAUGGAAAAGAAAAGAAGAAAAAAUAAACAAGGAAAAAGGAAAAAAUCUCGGAUUAGAUUUUAAUAAUAGCCAAAGCAGUGAUUCAACCUGAAAUAAGUUCUAGC